CGCUUUCGCAGAACAGAAACAAACAAUGGGGAAAUCCGAAAUGCAGAAGAUACAGAGAAAGAAACUUCAAGAAGAAGAAAAUACUUUUGCGGAGGAGAUACAAAGAUUGAUAGAAUUAGCGAUGGAAAACGAUCGACGGAAAUUUCAAGAGCUAGAAACGGAAAAAGCCGACGAAACUGUUUGGCUAAUGAAGUGUCCACCAAGGGUCGCUAAGGCAUGGCGCGACCUCUCUGCGUCUUCUUCUUCUUCGUUUUCUUCGGAUCUUGUUCUCGUGGCGAAGCAUGUUGACUCCAUUGAUCUCCUGCUUCCCGAUUUAUCCCCUAAGUUGAGUAUGGAGAUGGUUAAUGGUGAGUUAUGGAACAUUUCGAAGCCCUGUUCUCUAAACGAUUUUGGGUUCAUCUUCUCCGAAGCAUAUCAAGGUGAAGUGGCUGUGGAAGGAACGGUUACACAUAAAUUCGAUUUGAGACCUUACUGUGGCAAUGAAGAACACGGAAAGCUUUAUCGCGAGAGGAACAAGAAACAGACAAAGGUUUUUGAUUAUUGCCGUCGAGAACACUUGAUGCCCACGCCUGCAAUGGUACCCAAGAAGCUUAAGCGAUGUGUAAAGAGGACUAGAGGCGAUCGUAGUAAGGUGGAAGCAAAAAUGUUCGAACUAUAUGAAAGACAACCAAAGUGGACACUGAAACAGCUUGUUCUAGAAACCAACCAACCAGAGCUUUUCUUGAAAGAAAUACUCAGAGAGCUUUGUGUGUACAAUGCGGGGGGAGGCGACCAAAGAACUUACCAGCUUAAACCAGAAUACAAGAUAAUUGGUAAAGAAGACACAACAGUUGCUCAGUAAAGAGGCAUCAUCAGAAAAUUGUGUGGAGAGAAAACAGAAUUUAAAAGUUGUAAAAAUUGUAAAAAUUGGAGCUUUUCUUUCUGAAGAGGUAAAAAUUGGAACUUUGGUCUGUCAUGUGAAAUAAUCUUUCAGAAGGUUGUGU